AUGCAGCAGACCAUGACGGUGGUUCCCGGAGCUAUGAUUUACAGCGCCCCUGAAGUAGUUACAUCGAACCAGACAGUGAAGGUUAGUUUCACUGCAUUUAGAACUUUUAAAUUCAAUGGCGUUUAACCAACGUCUUUUAGACCUAGAAGAAAGGCGCUACUGCGUUGAUCUUGAGUGCUUAGGACUUUAAGGCCUGGUUGGUCGUUUACUCACACGAAAGAAACCCUACUCCACUAUAUCUUUCUUCAGCUAGGUGUACAAUAAGAAGUAGCAAAAUGAUCUUGAUUAUUAUGGUCAUUUUCCACGAGUUUAUGCCACGAAAACAAACUUAAGCUGCAGUCGUGUGCUGUGAUUUAAAUUUUGACAGCUAAAACUGAUAGAGUCGAACCUUUUUACAACAACCUCUUUUGAGAGGAAGUGAUAACGUCACCGCUCAGAAAGGUGCCUGUUAUAAGGGGGUUGAGGGGUGUAAAGUGCCCCCUUGUGUAUUUAUUUUUGUUUCUUGGCAGUGGGAGGAGAAGUUUACAACACCUUUGUAAAAGACCAUCCUUAUCUAUACGCACCACGAUCAGAAAACAAUCCCGAACCCAAAUUUCCAUAAGAACGAUGUUAGCAAAACAAAAUGAGUAGGGUAUAGAGAGUUAAUUCAACUGGGGCGCAGUUUACAGCUUUUACAAGCGUUUACAAGCUUUGUAAAGAGGGUAGUUAAGAGUAAUUUAUCCUCACUGCAUGUCUGUUGUCGCAUCACGGCAAACUAAGUUCAUUGUUAUGACACUAAGUUAUGGGAAGAAUCCACGACGGCCUUGGCAAAGAUAUGCAGCUAGGUUUGAUGAUGUGGUCACCGGCACCAGGGAAGUUGGGAGGUGCGAAAAGCGCCUCCUGCAGGCGCAACUUCACAUCAGGCCUUUCCAAAUUUAUGGCAGAAGACUGCAAAGGAUUGUAAUCGUCCCCGAUUGCCGAGAACUCUGAGAUUGGUAGAACGCAGGCAUGUCCCCGAAACGCUCUUAUUACAUGUGCGGUGAGAAAAGUUGCCUUAGUCUGCACUACACAUUGUAGGAGGUGCUAACAGGAAGUACAAAAUGUAUAUUUACAGUGCGACUACGGUAACCGAGGCCUCUUAGACAAAGUUGACCAAUCUUAUUACGGGAAAAUAACACUACAUUCCAAGAAAGUUGGUUGUGAGCUAAUCAGCAGCUCGUAAAAAAAAACAAGUUACUCGAAGCACAAAAUUAAAUAUUAAUAGCAAACGUUUUUCAGGAAAGUAAAAUGUGUGACCAUACAAUGUUUUUCCAUUCGAAACUUUGCAUACGACACCCAGGAGACAUAUAUCUUUGACACAAACUGUUAUUUUGUCAUCUACCAGCAAUUUCUUCGCGGCUAUUUCCGUGCUUUGCAACAACAUGCGACCUCAAGUCAAAAAUAUAUUUAUCGUUUACGUUUUUUGCCUCCGUUACUCACUCUAAUGGACCUCUCGGGAAACAAGUGCUUUCUUCAGCGGGUUCAAAAGGUCACGUCGGUGGGUUGUAAUUGGUUAGUUUCGAUUCAUGUUGUUUAUUUCGUUUCGUGGUAAUUUUGAUUGACAAGUAGCUUUCUCGGAAUGUAUUGUUAUUUUUCUAUAAUUUGAUUGGUCUACUUUGUCUAGGUGGUCCCAGUUAUAGUAGUCGCACUGUAACAAUUAUUGAAUAAGGCUUGAGUGUGAUGUAAAGAACUAUGCAGAUCGAGGAGAAUGUAACCGAGGUGGAUAACAGCCUCCGAGGUAAUUCUUCUCAUUAAACCAAUAAUUGCUAAAAAGUGAAAAGAAUAUUGAUGGAUGCUUUAAGGCAAAUAACAACGAAUAAUGUGUGUAUCGUUCAUAGGUUGAUGUUUAUAGCUUUGGUGUUCUUCUUUGUGAAAUAUGCGUCCGAGAACUUCCAGAUCCUAGAAGGCGUGAACAGCAAGUUCUUCUGAUGACGAACCGCUCCUUAAGAGGCCUGGUACGGCGAUGCCUUCAGACAGACCCUGGGGCGAAACCAACCAUGCAGGUGAUAAUCGAUGAAUUAUCCAGAGCUGUGCAACGUCUAUAAAAUAUUUUGUGAAAACUUUCGUAGUUAAUAGAGUUGAAUUUUUAAGAAUGUUUAGUGCGUCAAGUCGUGGCCAAUCGUUUAUCGUGACAAAGGUAAUUUACAAAAGUGUUUCUAAAAUAAAAUUACCCAGGUUAAAAGCAAACAACUUAUAUAUAUUAGAAAUAGCGAGGUCUUCUCUGUAAAAUUUUAGUAAUGAUAUACCCAAAAGUCAUACAUGGUAUUAUUUACCAUCGUGGUUAAUAGCAAUUUGUUUUUUGAGUAGCGUUGUUGAAAAAAAGUUACUUAGGUCCUGGAGAAAUCCGCUGAGACGUUAGUGUAUAUCCUAAGCUUGCUUCCAAUAUGAUUGUUUAAUUGGAACAAUAAAAAACAAAUGGCUCUAUUUUUACAUACAUUUAUUCAGAUAUUACUUUCUUCUGAAGAAGGCCAUACACACGAAGUAGACAAUAUUUGUUAAAUUUUUUUUUAUAAUAUUAGAAUUAAAGAUACGAGUACAUAUGAGCUGCCGUAUCAUCACGUGUCUUGUCUUUAUUGUAUCGACCUUAACCUGUGCUGAAGGCAAGUUCCCUAGACUUUGUACAUCCUUGGCGAGUCUGAAAAACAAGAAAUGUUGUCCAAUCCCAAAAGGCUUUAGUGCGCCAUGCGGUAAUGAUGGAAACAGAGGUAGACGCCAGGAAUUGGUCAUUCCUGAUUGGUCCCUCAAGUACAGUCAUUACCAACCUUUGCAGGAAGACGACGAGCGCCAUAACUGGCCUCAUGCUCUUUACCUUAAAACGUGCAAAUGCAAUUCAAACUUUGCUGGACGUGACUGCAGUAAGUGCGAGUUUGGCUACUAUGGCAAAGACUAGGCACACAAAAAAAAACCCUGACUCGCAAAAAUUUCCUCAAGUUGUCAGCCCAGGAGAAGGAUCAAUACAUGAGGUACAUCAACAUGUCCAGGUACUACAUAAGCAAUUAUGUGGUGACUUUGACACCAUAUGAAGAGAUCAACAAAACCGUGAUGGCCAACCGCGACCCAACAGCACUCUUUCACAACAUCAGCAACUAUGACUUGUUGUGUGGAUCCACUCCUAUGCUGCACGAGGCACCAUUUUCCCACAUAACAUGACACGGAGAGAUAUUGACUUUGCGAAUGACGGGCAGGGGCUUCCUACGUGGCAUCGACUGUAUAAUACAGUAGAAUAGGUCCUUAAUAAAUAAAUAAAUACGUAAAUAAAUAAAUAAAUAAAUAAAGUUUUAGAGGUAGCAAUUCCAAUAAUCGAAUCGAAAUUUGGAAAUGUUGGUUUUUGAAGAGAGGAGAAAACCAGAGUACCUGGAUAAAAACCUCUCAGAGCAAACCAGGGAAUCAACAAUAAACUCAACCCACAUAUGUUAAAAGUGUACGCCAGUCCAACAAGUCUGGAAAGGCUAUUAGAAUCUCAAAGGUUUGGCUACAUUUUUGCUAUUUUAGCCUAAGGUGGCUGAACUCAGUUUUGUUAGCUGUCAGCGGUAACUCGCGUGAUGGCGCGUGUUUUAAAUUGGACAAACAAACAUGGCUGCGAAAAAGCAAUGGUACGCAGAAAACGAUUUCUCAAAAUCUACUAAUUGAAAUUUUCUGAUAUUUCACUUUUAUCUUAUUUUAAAUAACGAGAACUUCAAAAUGGAGGUGAACAGAGGAAUUUUGUCACACAUUUAAUAAUUACAGUGCAAUUAUAUUAUUGAUUAUCUAAAAACUCUUCUGUUAAAAUUUGGUCAAAUAAGUUUCAAAUGGUGAUGAUUAAUUAUAGUAAGCUGUGUGCAAGGUUAUAGGAAAAUAUAAUGAACAAAUUUUACGUAAACUGAGCAAAAAAGAAAUUUUACAAUUGUAUUUAAUCACCCGGGUUGCCAUGGAAACUACGGAAAAAUCAAAUUUUACCUGUCAAUCAAAAUCUUUCAGCAGUAUAUUGUUCACUUGCUAUGUUUCAGCUUGUGAGCUGCAACCUUUCUUUUGCCAUUAUUUGGCAAAAUACAUAUACGCAUGAUCACAAACUCCCAAAACUGCGUUCAGCCACCUUAACUAAAACCUGAGUAGCAGGCGCUUGGAAGUAAUGGGCUCAAGAAAGAACGGGGCGCGGGAGGGAAACAUGCCACUUAAUCUCCCCUCAAGUGUCUCUUUCGCGCGCCUCUUUCUCUCCUGCGCCAUUACUUCCAAGCGCCUGCUACGCAGGCUACCUUAUUUAUAACUAUAUGUAAUUAACCUUUGGCCGCAAUUAAUCGGCCAUUUUCAGCCUUGUAUUCAUCAUCAAUAGGAGACAAGCUCAAUCCCAACUGUAAACGCUUACUGUCUAAAACAGUAGUGGUAGUGGUAGUGAAUUAUUUUGGUAAAAGUACGUUCCUUAAAUGAAAAUAUAUAUUAAAUACAGCUUUUAAUUUCCUUGCGCUGACACGAAAAGUUGUCCGGUUUAUUGUGAAGACUGUGAACACCCCCGCUAUCCGAUAUGUAACUCACUCUCCACUCUAGGGAUCGGCGCGGCGCAGUUUUGCUCCUUUACAGAAAUCGCCUCGAAAAGAAAUCACUCUUCUUAUUUGUAAACAGAAGCCGUAUCCGGUAUGGGUUUCGUGCCGGCGCAAAAGCUAUCCGGUAUUAAUAGUAAAGUGGACAUUAAAGCCAAACUUACGCCGUCUGCCGGACAAGUGGAAUCCGAUGCAGUAACUGACCUGCUAGCAAAUGCGUCUGACUUUGUGUCCUUUGGCCACUCGAUACCAAUAUAUAGCCAUUUCAAAACCAACUUCACGGCACUUAAGAGACUGUUCCAUGCUUAUGCGCAUGCUAACCAUGUGGAGUUGUUUCCUACCGCAUCUCGCUGGAUGAUUUCUUGUUUGGCUGCGGUUGGAUGUUUUCAUGACGUGUUGGUCACAAUCGAGGAGUCAGCUUGUGGUUGGUUUGCAUCAGCUAUGUCCAUUUGUUCCUCGUCCAUUUCCGUCUGUAGAAAAGAGAGAAAAACCGUCGUUGACUUAUAUUUGCCUAAAAAACAGCCUACCUUUUGCAUUUCCCCUCGAAAUAUGAUGUCCGUCUCGGAACGAACGCUAAUAUUCUAUCAAAACGGAAGGUCGCUUGGAACUUUUUUAAAAGGCGUCGUUUACGUUGUGAAACACUGGAAACGUUUGCUUUUGUUUUUAUAUUGCAUUUCUUUACUUUGUUAUGAAUUUACUUCAUUUGUAAACGUUUUUCUAGGCAAAUAGGCUGUUGUAAAACUGCUGAUUAUGUUAACGGAGAUAAGCAAGCAAGCAAACAUGUUUUGUCACGGAGACAAGCAUAUAAAUCGACGACAGGUGGAUUUUGAUUAAAGCGCUCUUGCUUCCAAAGCCUUCAACAACAGUAAAGCGUCGAUGGAACGGUUCGUCAGCGUCGUUGAUUCCUGCAUUUGAAGGCAAUAAAAAGCGCAUAAAUAUUUUAAAUUCAUUUCAACCACUCAAAUGCGGCUGAUCGGUAUAAACCGUGUGAAAGUGUGUGCUAAUACUUAAAUUGAGCCUUAAAAUCCCACGGCUACAACUAGAUUACAACAAAGCUAUUUAAAAGCUUUGAAAAGUGUUUUAAACUUUGUGGAAACAAAUAUCGGAACUUGACGUCGUAAGUAACUUCCAUUGCGCGCCCCAGAGUCGCUUCCGAUCCUUAGAAACAAGUAACCAAGGAAACAAAAUCAUCCAAACAAAUAACAAUUAAGUUUCAACUGGUUGAGGCCAAGAAGAGAAAAUUUCGCGACAAGCAGAUAAAUUCAAUCCUAAACAAAUUUAAGGAGCACUAACACUUUCGAAUGAAAAGUUGGCGCAGUAGUUUGAUAACUUGAAGGCAAAAGCAAAGUUAGUCUUGGAAAAUAACGAUUUUCGCGCGUGCCCUGUACUUUUGCCACAAGCUUAAUAUAAGCCACCGAGGAAAAUAACGCGAAGAGAACAGACGCGAAAAUAACACAAGUUUUACCUUCCUCGCUGAAAUUUCCCGAAGCAGUCGAAGUUCCUAACAUUGUUAUAGGAGGUAGAUUAAAAACGUUUUCAUUUUGUCAAGAAUGACUUUUCUCUUUCCAAAGCGCAACACGACUAAACUUGUUUAGCGACGUGGAAAGAUAAAAAAACAGGACGUCAUAAAGACAAAAUAGAAUGAUUUCCUGCGCGCGUUAAGUUUAUGGAACACUUCUUUAUCCUCCUAUAUAUUGCAUUACAUUGACAUCCAUUGCAAGAGUGUCUCGAUGGGGUGGUAGCUUUGGCGAUUGACGGUUAAUUUUAACUAAUUUUUAAGAGUGAUGGUCAAAUUUAAAGAAAAAAUAAAGAAAAAAAGAAAAAAAGAAAGAAAGAAGUAAUGAUUUGGAGGUAGCACAUUCACAAAAUGGUUCUUCAUCUGGCCUGAUUCCUAGUCGAAUUGGAAUUUGGAAAUGUUGGUUUUUGAGGAGAGGGGAAACCGGAGUAAUCAGAGAAAAACGUCUCAGAGCAAAUGAGAGAAUCAACAACAAACUCAACCCACAUAUGGCGUCGACGCCGGGAUUUGAACCUGGGCCACAUUGAUAGGUGCUAGGAGGCGAGCACUCUCACCACUGCGCCAUCUCUUCAUUCGCAAAACCAAAAACUUUUGACGGUUGACGAUUAUUGAGAAUCGUUACUUAGUCCAAAAGUUAAAUCAAAUAUAAACUUCGUUAUUGCUCCCGCAGAGAUUUCGCCCAGAAGGCGAAAUCUCGAGGACGCACUCUAGUAACUCGCGCAUAUAUUAGGGAAAGUACUUACAGUUGAAAUAUACAGUCAGUAUGCCAGAAAAAAUCUCUAUUUGCUUGAACAGGGGCCGCGAGGAAUCGGUAGGUAAUAAUGACGUUUCUAUUGUUUGCGCCCGCAAGUACAAAACGAUUAGGAUGACGUCAAGACAGAAAAUCCCGAAGGGAUCGCUUGGGUCAUAGGGUCCUGAGGAGUUUCGUGUGAAUAAAUGAAUUACUUUCUCACCUUGAAAAAUGUCUGUACCUGUCGCUUAGCACGAUUAAUUAGCCCAGUGGGAUCUUUGCGAAUCUAUUGUAAACGAUUUCUUCGCUUCUUAUCUGACCGAGAUCCACUUUGUUGUUCGCCGUUUUGAAAAUCACUAAUCGCAAGCCAUAUCCUCGCUGGCGCACGGCACGUCGCCCGAAGGGCGACCGAGGCACGAAGUGCCAAUCUUACGAGCCCUCACGGUCUCUUGGUUUGCGGUCUAUAGAAUGUGUAACGACGAAACUGUAACGCGAUCAAAAUAACCCAUUUUUUCAAUGGUUUUCGACGGGUUUUGAUGUUCUAGCGACAAACACAUCUCCUCUAGACCCUGUGACAAAGCCGGAUAUGACAAUUCAUACCGAUAUCAGUGAAAUAAUUAGUAAGUGAAGACAUGACUUAACGCUUGAGGCAUCUUUUAGCCCGGGGGGUACUCGAUGAAUUUUUACACGGGGAGGCUCCGCCCCAAGGUCCAACCCCUUACCCUUUUGUAUACCAUUUUUCACGGAAAAGGCACCCCUUUAGUAUACCUUCUAUUGAAAAAUGGUACUCCUCUCACAUACCUUGUUUAGAACUUUAUAUCCCUUUUAACUGCUGUAAAUGCACUGUCUUUUAAAUAGGAAUCAAUCACAAAAAAUGAACGUUUUUUCGAUUUUAUAAAGCUAUAAAAUUCAUCUGUUAGCCCUUUGUCCCUUUCGCAAACCCAAAUGACAGAUUUCCCAAAGAUUAGAUUUCCCUACCCUGUCGUAUGGUCCAACAAGUGAAAUCCCUACCCUUUCAUAUCCCUGAAGCCUGAAAAACAAACUGCGGGGAUCAACAGCAGUAUAUAUUAAAAAAUUUAUAUCAUAAAAUUGUGCUGAACAGUUACAAGAAAAAAUUAGUAAUAAAACAGUCUUUUAUUUAGCGGACACACCACCUGAACAAUGUGUUCAUAAUGAACUGGAACUCGAACUGGAACUCGAAUCCAAACUCGAUGUUUCGGGAUUCGAGCCUACGGCUUGAAAUGAAUUGAUUUAGAAUUGACUUUCGGCCUGAGCACCUUAGUCCAAGUUUCAGUACCAAGAACAAGUUUAGUCUAGUAACCUGGCCUGUGAAUACAGCCGUUAUCUCUCCUCGCUCCACGUCGGCUUACUGUAUCCAAAUAGUCCAACCUUUACCGGAGUUGCACUAGUUAGUUCUGCAUGCAGUCAAUCCAACUCUCUUCGUCAACGAUAAAAAGCACACGGACAUGAGAACGAAUAAAAUUAAAAGAAUUCUGUGUAUAAAAGUUGCAUGACUCAGGUUUGGAUAUUUUCGUCACUUGGCUUUGUGAAAACUGGAAAAUUGUAAUAUCCAUCUUUAAAUAAGAAUAUAUAAAAAUGUCAAAAUACAAAAGAUGAUACCUCCGAAUAAACACCAAAUGUCGGCAGCAAACUUAUUUUGGUAACCUUUGUUCAUUUUAUUCGACGUUAUAUUCAGUUUAGGACUGGGAAUCAUUCAUACUCCAAUUUACUCCUAGCUUUCUCUUUUCAUUAAUUUUUUAAUAUUGCUUUUUGGACAAGGUUAUUGAAAUUACGUGUUCACGUCAUUUGCUGUAUUACUUCCCAUUAUACUACGACAUGAGAAAUUUUUGCAAUUUGAUUGGCCUAGAGCAGUGGUAUACGUAUUUUCAGCUUUUUUGAAAUACCUACAUGUGAAAAUUACAAGCCGUUUGUGGGUAGUAGUAUGAACAAAUAAUGUACGUGAUAUUUGGCAUAAAUACCACAAAAUUGUCUCGUAUAACCAUUUUGAAUUAUCACUCGUGGCAUUCAUGCCAACAACAAAUAAUGCUAUAACCUAUGCAAAUUUUUAAUGAUGGCAUGUUACAUAUUGUAAGGACCGCGCUUUUUAUGUGGAAAUACAUGUGAUUUUACAUGAUAGGCCUCCGGGAUGUUAAUAAUUUCUUUAUCCAAUAAAUACAUGAUUAGCCUGGCUAGUUGACAAAGGCAGUAGUGAGGGGGGUGUCAGGUCUCCUGUAAUUUAGGGGGUCAGUCUCGGGACAUGCUUCCGUUCAUCAAAAAAUUGAAAACCAAAUUCUCAGAAGCGUAAUUUCCAGCAUUCUGAGGAUUGAACAAAGUGAUAGCAGUGUUAAGGACAGUUUUCAUUACGAUUAUUUUCUAUGGGUUAAGUCUUGCUUUUGUUGUUCAAUGAGGUUGUUUCUUUCCAUUAUGAACUGUCAAAGGCCGUUUGUUUUUAAAGAACUUUAGAUAGAGCGGCAGCGCGGUCCGAGUCCUAAAAGCCAUAAAAGAAAGAUGGCAUAGCUGUAAGGGAAUUUAACAUUUUCUAUGUAUUCUAGCAACAGCGUUUAAUUGUCCUAAAAUAACGUUUGGUGCAAUGAUUGUCAUAUUUUUCCAAAGCCGCUGGCCUGCUGAACUGACUGCAGGGCCUUACCCUCACUGUCCCGUUCAGUUCUCACUUGAUAAUACGUAUUUCUGCUUUCAGGGAAACUAACAAAUACUUCAAUUAUUGAAAUGUUUUAUAUAUUUUAUUCCCGGUCUUUUAGUAAAACAGCUUCUUAGCAUGUAUGUGAAAGAUGUGCGUUUUAAAGACAAAGAGAAAAGGAUUCGAAAUAACUCAGGGGAGAGGAUGGGCAUCGUCUAGUAGCGGAGUAAACUUGUUGUUUAUGGCAUCACUCAAUGUGUUCAGGACUGAACGCCAAUAUUUUGUGCUUCCGAGCUGGAAAUAAAGAGAAUGUUUAAGAAUAGUAUCUUUUAAAAAAAACAGACCCGGGGUUUUGCUAUAUUGACCUACGGCGGGGAGGCUCCGCCGGAAAGGGUUACCUAUGUUGGUGUUUUUCAUUAGCUAGUUUCUUACACAGUUUGUAAUUAGUCCGAUUUGAGUUAAAUGUUGACAAGCCAAAAACAACUAAUAUAUAUAUACCAAAAACGAGAAGUCUAAAGACUAGUGCAAAUAUGUAAUAAAAAAUGUAAACCGCAGGAGAUUUAUUGAUCACCAGUGCAAGGAAGUAGGAACAAAAAGAAAAAUAAAACAACGUCGGUGUACAGGCUAUUCUACGUAAAAAAAAAAAGUGCAUUUACAGCAGUCAAAAGGGAUACAAAGUUCUAUAAACAAUAUAAACAAUUAUAUGUGGAAGAGGCAACAUUUGUCACUAGCUGAUAGAAGGUAUGCGAAAGGGGACCUUUUUCGUCAAAAAUGAUAUAUAAAAGGGUUAGGGGUUGGAUUUUCUGGAGUUUUCUUUUUGUUUUCAUUGUGGUUUGCAUGAAUUUUUUCAAGCGUUUUGGCCCGUAUAAACUGUUUUUGCUUUUCCCAUCCCUCUCCAUCAUUAAAUUGUUUUAACUGUCCGUUCCUAAAACAGCAAGCAUCGGACGAGAACAUAACCUACACUUGGGCAGUAUUUUUCGUUUCGCUUGCGCCGUAGACCAUUUUCGCCUGGGUAAGGCGAAACGAGCGAACUACAAAAGAGAAAAUCUUCAAAAAGUGAAGCAGGUCCGACAGGUUAAAGAGAGAGUAGUAAUCACGGUGGCGACAUCACACUUAUAAAAAAAUGAAAAGAGAAAAUCGUAGCUGGGAAAAUUCCCUGUCAGAUAUUUUUAUGUGCCGGGUUUACGCUUUUUUUAAGUGUUUGCCUCUCCGUUCAGUCACACUGAGAAUUUCUCUAUUUGCCUAUAUUUGUCAGCAUAAUUUUACUUGAGCAAAGAGCAUCGUUUUCAAACAUUAAGCAUUUUGAGGAAGAUGAAAAACGUCACCUUGAAUGUGCAUUUUGUUGAUCUUGUCUGAGUUUUCUUUCCCCCACAUGGGAAAUAAGAGGGUCUCAAUGGGGUGGUGGCUUUUACGGUUAUCGGCUAAUAUUUUGGCUCUUCUACGGGUAUCGGUUAAUUUUUUUCAGUUACGGUUAACAAAAAAGUUAAAAAUUACCUUCUUUUUUUUCAAAAAGUUAAAUAUUAAUUAACCUGUGUUUUUUUGUAUCUUUAAAUCAAAAUAAAAGUCUUCGGAUCAUCUCGGGAUGAAAUAAGCUAUUCUUUUGAAAAAUUUUAACAUUAGAUAGAUCAUACUUUUUAUAAAGUAUUGCACUUCUGAUAUUAUUUUACACAUAGAAAUGUCAAUAGUCAAUUUAAAAAUAAUCUUUGUGAAAAAGCAAAAGCAGACACGCGAACGCCCAACUCAAGGCCGGGGCGCAACAUUUAUUAUAACAGAAAUGGCCGUUUUCACACUAGAGAAGGAUUGUUCGUGUGAGACGGGUAUCCGAUUGAUGAUUCGCGUCAGAUAGGUGAUACGUCUUAAUUUGGCAAUGGAAUAGUUUUAAUUUUGAAUAAACAAUCCGCCUGACUUUUGAAGACAGGAUUAUCCGUUCCAGAUAGCCUGUGUACAGCCGCCCCCUCCCCUCAGAAAAAAAUCGGAGAAGGCGGUAUGUGGGGAGGGCGCGACUGUACACAGGUUAGUCUCAGACGGAUGAUCCAUUUCCAGGUCUAGUGUGAAAACGGCCAAUAACAAAAUUCCCGUGUCCAGUGCCUCUAAUGAUAGCGAAGGACUGUACGGAACGACUGUCUUGCCGUUGCCUUGUCCGUAGGCUGCAUUAUUCCGCGCGGCUGAUGGCCUUUCGGGUCAUGUUGUCCGAAAGAGUUCGCCACUGAAAUGCCUUGACCGAGAUUGCGGGGGAAGACGCCGAACAGGGACUAGGCAUGGCGAUGUCUACCCUUAGCGUCCGAGAAAAACAGGGAAAUGUUGUUUAUCGGCAACGUGUUUUACAAACACUGACAGCUCUGCGUGUUGUUUCACUACUGUUUUGAGGGCACGGCUUCCUGAAAAUUGCAAAUAUUAAUCCCCAGCAAGAAGCCACACUUUCGCUAUGGAAAAAAUUAGUUCCCCAAGAAAGCGCCGGAAAUGGAGCCUAGGUCUUGGUUAACACCUAACAGACACUUCGCCUAACGUGCGUACGGAGUCACACUAGCCGGGAAAUAAAAAACGCAACCAUAAGUGAGUUUAGUACCUUCCUGAAAAGUAGCAAAUCUAGGGAACACUUUAUUUUAUGGUGAACUCUUUUUUACGCUUUUUAAGGCUAACGGUUCAAUGUUUUAAAUUUUUACGGUAUCGGCUAAAUUUUUGGCCGUUUUACGCCUAUCGGUUAACCCCACUGAGACCCUCAAAUAAAACAAACGAAAGAAAAUAAAAACACUUCAAAGCACAAAUGCAGCCCAUAAGUCCUUGCGGCAGGUGCGAUUUUCAGUAGGAUGAGAGCCUGGGACGAGGUGCUCUUUAAAUAAACAAAAUGGCCGACUGGCUCAGUGUGCUCAGUCGGUCGGGCUUUACACAGAUUUGUGUGGCACGGGGAAACGUGUCAUGGGUGAGUGAGGAUAAUGAUGCGGCAGGAGAGCUUCAUCUUUGGUAUCAUGAGAGGGAUAACAUUUACUACCUUUAUGCCAGCAAUACAGCGGGACAUGAGACGGUGGUAUGUAAAGUUAUUGAUGUUUUUACUCUUUACUUCCAAAAGUGCACUGACAAAAUCAAAACGCUAUUAACGAAGAAGUCGAAAUUUCAUUUCGUCUAAUACUGAAAACAAAUACUACCAUGUGAGAGUACUGAUAAAGGGGUUUCGUCCAGGGGCUCAAGAGUAAGAACUAAAUGUUGUGCUUCCAUAAUUGACUCUGGGAGUGAUAGGAUUUUAACUAUGUACAAUUUAACAAUUAUUUAUAUUAAUAAACCCUUUUUAUUUAAAAAAUUAGCUUAUUUAUGUGUUUAUGCAGUCACCUUAAUGUAUCUGUUGUAAUUUUCGAGCUCAUGUAAUUUUUUGUUUUUCUUUUGUUUUUGGGUAUGGUAAUGUAUGCUAAUAAAGUUGAAACAAAAGAAAAAUAAAAAUUACCUGACAUAAAAACUUAACUACAACGUAUCCAUUUAUUAUUUUAUAUGCUUUGUUCUUCAUUAAACAUUUAAAUACAGUAAACAGCCACCAAUAAGAACCUGUGGCUUAAGAACCUUCUGGCAGAAAUUUGCCACUUUAAUACCCAUGCAAAAAUACAAGAACCUGUUUAGCCCAGCCUAUGUUGCAGCCAGCCCACACACUCGUCUAAACCAUUUGUAUAGUCCAUUUGCGAACAAGUGCAUAAAAGUUCAUUCUAACAUCCUGCAGAGUCACAAAGAGAUAUGUGAGUGUUUGUGAUAAGUAGGUUUCUUGCGGGUUAACGUUAAUGUUAUGCGCCUCAUGAUUGGCCUAAUUCUUCGCGUGUGCAUGCCAAUAUUAAAAGGCACAGUGACAUGUCAAAAUUCACAGAAGGGAGUUGGCAAUGAUCGUUUGCAGUUUACAGAAAAUAAUAAAAGAGCAGUUCAAACUUUAAAGCCUUCUUCUGCACAAAAAAAUACUUUGAGAAAAUUCCUUGUGAUUUUUUUAUAAGAAUUUUCUUGUAUAAAUUUGCCCACCGGUUUUCCAGCAUCUUCCAAUCACUGCAGAUGCACUGUCGCAUAUUCUGCAAUCUAGCCGACAGUUCUAGACUUCUAGCAUCCAAAAAAAAAAAUUCAGGAAAUCAUUAUCUUCACAGCCAAAAAUAAAACCUACUACAUGUGGCUAUCCAGGUCCAGGCAUUUUAGAGAAACCAAAGAAACUAAGGUUAUUUCGCCACAAGAAAAAAGCGUAAGGCUUAAACUACGGUGGCCCACAGGGGACAUGCUGCAAAUAAAAAAGUUGCUGCAAAUAAAAUAAAGUUGCUGCAAAUUAAAUAAAGUUGCAGCAAAUAAAAUAAAGUUGCUGCAAGUUAAAUAAAGUUGCUGCAAAUAAAAAAUUAUUAUUGCAGCAAAUAAUAAAAAUAGUUGCUGCAAAUAAAAGCAGUUGCUGCAAAUUAAGUGACAGGAAAGUAUGGGCACACAUUGAUGGGAAGAGGAGGACUCACUAUAGUUGUAAGGAAGUUAAAGAUAGACCUGCAAGGACUCCCAAUGUGGUUUUUGUGGUUGCGUUGAAUUAUCAACUGCCUUCAAGUUACAUUUUUUCACUCAAGCAUGUCUUUUGUAGGAUAUGAUCGGAGGUCUUAAACUGUUUUCAGCAAUGCAGAGGCUGAUUUCUUAUUAGGCCUGUAGACUCCAGUUUGCCAUCAACGUCUUUUUAAGGUCUUGUACCGUUGGGUUAUAUGUUGUAACGAAAGGCAAUAGUCUCUCUUUAUUUUUUUGGUUUUUGUUUUAGCCCCUAUCACUGUCUCGAGUCAAGGUUGACCCCUGACAACGACCUUUCUAUAUCCGGUUUAGGAUUUUGUGUGGCUUUGAGUUCACAAGGCACUCUUCAAAUGUUUUUUUUUUUUGAGGAGUUUUUUCUAAUCAAUCUUAUUUCUUCGCCUUUAAUGAAACUUCUUUUUACCCUCGUAGGUGGAACUAGGUAAAGUGUACAUAUUGAAAGGUUUUAGUCGGCUUAUAGUGGGAUUUGAUGUCCAAUGAAGAUGGAUAUCUCUGUGAGUUGUUCUCCUUUGAAAACUGUUGUAUCAAGGAAAGUUAUUUCGUUAUUUCAUAUUUCGGCCGUGGACUUCAUUUUUGGGAUGGGAUUUGUUAGUUUCUUUAAUAAAAAGUUGGUUCUUUUCUGUUACAAUCCCAAAGAAAGGAAACGUCAUCAAUGAAACAUUUUCAUUGGUAUUUCUAUGUUGGAUUAGGUUUGUCUCAGUCUCUGCCAUGUAGAUAUUUGCAAAGGACACUGCUGUUUUUAUGCCUAAUGCAACUCCAUGGGUUUGACGAUAAUUGUUUCUAUUGAACUCAAAUAAGGUUCCUGUCUCUGAGGAUUAGGCCAAGCAUUUUGUGAGUGGGCCCUGGAUACAACUAUACUGAGUCCUCCUCUUCCCAUCAGUGUGUGCAUAAUUUCCUGUCACUUAAUUUGCAGCAACUGCUUUUAUUUGCAGCAGAUAUUUUUUUGUUUGCUACAAUUAUUUUUUAUUUGCAGCAACUACUUUUUAUUUGCAGCAACUUCAUUUGUUUUGCAGCAACUUUUUUAUUUGCAACAUGUCCCUUGUGGGCCACCGUAUUAAACAGAGGUAAGAGAAAAUCAUUUCGUGGUAAACUGCAUAAAUUGUAAUCAAAUCCUGUCAGAAAACAUCUGCAGAAACAUAAACCAUAGGAACUAACUGCUCAAUAUGCAUGGAACAGACCAGCAACCUCAACCUCUAAAUGUGACACUCAAAGUGGUAAAAUAAAAUUUGCUCAAUGUAGAAUACUCCAUGCACUGCAUAAACUACACAAAAAGAGAGCAAGAAAAACCACUGUUGUUCAAGCUGACUCUUCGGUCACGUUAAUUGCACUAUCAAAAGCUCAAUCCCCCUUCUCACAAGCUAUAUAUUAUAUAAAUUAGUUGUGUUUGGCCUAUCAAUGCUUCAAAUCAGGCUAAUCACAUUAAACUGUGUAACAAAUGAGCCAAUCAAAAAUGCUCACAUAUGUCCUUGCGACUGAGGGAUUCAAACAUGAUAUCGUGAAGCAAGUUAAACCUAAGAAGAUCAUCAUUGCAAGUUACAUGUAAGCUUAAAUUAUGAUGAACAAUUUAACAAAGGGAGGUAACUAUCAGUGGUAAAAAGGGGGAUACCUAUGAGUUAUUUUUUAAGUAUAUAUUCAUAAGUCUCGCUUGCUCAAGAAAUGUGGAGGCAAUUACAUCUACAUGAAGCAGGAUUUUCUUGUGACAAGUUUUUGACUUCCUACUUUAUCGACAGUCAAGUAUUCUUCAAGAUAUUUUAUUUUAUAUAUGGUAUUUGACCAAUUUGUUUCUGAAUUGAUUGAAUACAAUCAUGUGCAUAAAUACACAAAAAUUAAGGGCCUAGAUUCGAGUAUGAGAGAAAUUACACCAUUGCCAGAGAGCAAAAAAAGUGAUGAACAUGGCAUGUCAUUUCAGUCAUUGCUGAAAAUGAAACAAUGAAAGUUUACAACACCCGACCAGUUAGCCUCACCAUCUGCCCCAUUGAUCGAAGUUGUGCUCAUUAAGAUUCUUCUUUUACUCGACCACUUGUUCCAAAGUAAUCACCACUUUUAAGCAAUAGAAUUCGUGGACCAACCUAUUCCGGAAAAGCUCUAAAUCUUUUGCAGUAACUUUUCCUAAGCUUUCUUCACAAAACAUUUCGUGGCGAGCUCCUGAGUCAUGCCGCAAUUCAUUAUAUCCCAAGUUUCCAUGGUCACCGCUAUGUUCAACCCUGCAGGGACCAUGUCUUCUCUUAUGUGGACUAAAUACAAGGAACAAAACAUGGCUUACAGAUUCUGAAUCUGCAAUUGAGACUAACAAGAAAUUUGGUCAUCAGUUUUGUUAGGGUUAUAUGACAUAAUACAAUUAUUAUGAAUAACUUUAAAAAGUUUAAAAUUUAUUUUUGUGAUUUUAAAUCAACAAUCUAUCUCCUUCAUACGUAAAAACUAAGAACCUAAUUAAGAACCUACAUAGCCUAAAUUGCCAUUAAGUACCUCAAAAUACAAGAACCUAUUUUGCCAGACUUCAAAAAAAGUAGGUUCUUAUUUGCUGGUGUUACUGUACCUCAUUUACCAGUUUUGUGUAAAUGAUUGGCCACCAUGGUAGCUUGAUGCACCACAACAAUAGGUUCAUGAGGAAUUGAAGUGAGUGAGUUCACUUGAUUCAUGUAAGAACUUUUAAUGAAUAAACCAGUGCUUUGUUUACAUUUGAUCAUUACCAAUUCACUGAGGUUAUAAUGUUUAGUGUCAUGUUUAGUGUCAGCAGAAAAUACAUGUACAUUUAACAACAAUAUUAAAACUGUUAAAAAAUUUUAAAGAAAAACUUGCAGUGACUCCAGUAGCUAUUACAUGUAUACCUGCAUAGGUUCAUGAGAAAGUUGAAACUGUUACCCUCCACACCAGGAUGCGGCUUAUACUUCCCCCCACGGAGGGCAUCAGAAAUUCCAGUGGGAAGGGGGUCCAAGAGGAGGCAAUUUCCAAGGGAGUGGGGUCAGUUCUCAAGGUCUUUUUUCCAGGGACUUUGAAUGAAACAAGAGUUAUUGUUUUUAUUGAUGAUCUUACAUAAUUAACAGUUAUAGCUGAAUGCUUUUUUCACAGCUUACCUGUAUGAUAUAGUUUACAUGUAUCUAAUAUGAAUGUCAUACCGGCUCAUGAAUAAUGCUGGCCAUCCAGCUCAUUGCUUUAUAUUUCACAAUAUAAUUGUGGUAUUCACUGUGUUAUGGUCAUGUUCUAUUAGCCUUCUUUUAACUUGUUCUUAACUGUUUACUGGUUCUUUCAUAGAUGCUCUCAUAGUACACUGGGCAAAACUGUUCUGGAUUGAUGUUAUAUUAUACAAAAAUAAAACAAGCCAAGGAACCUCAAUUAUAUUUUUCUCUUUUGAAGUUUAUCAAAUUGGACAUAUGGGAAAAUAUUUUCGUGUUGAUCAUGCAAGGAGGACUUGCAUUACAGUGUAUCCAAACACAGUAACGAAAUCACAAAGGUAUGCAAAAAUCACAUUGUUUCUAAGAAAAAAAAAAAAAUACGAAUAAAAAAAUGACAGGUUGUUGUGUUAAGAAUAUUGUGACGUUUUUGUGGAUGUUUCAAAAAGCAUUCAACGGGAAAACACAAGGAAAACUUAAGGACAGUCUACAACUUAUUUGACCACUCAAAGAUAACACUUUCUUCAGACUUUCGUCAUCUUAAAAGUCUUCUUGCCACCAGAUCGGUCUUUCAUCUGUUUUGAAGAUGGCAGCCUGUUGCUCACGCUCCGUUCCAUGCCAGCAGCCACGAAAUGCUGCUGUGUGUUAAAGCAUAGUUGGCCAAGAACUUCUGGCACUGCUAUGUGGUCCUCUCUAAUAGUUGCUGGACCAUAUUUCUUGGCUUUUCUCUCAGGGGCUUACCAUUUAGUCUCACGUUGUGUUGCACAACAUGCAGCUUGAUUCAAACAACUCUGUGGAUUUGCCUCGUGGCCCUGCAGUGGUAGCAUAUGUAUGUAUCGCAGCUUGAAUCUUUGACUCUCUUAACUGCUGAUGUAUCAAAAGAUUAUACUGCAGCAUGUCAAUGACUUUAUCCAAGUUAUCUUUGCUGCAAGAUUUAUUUGGACACAACAUUCUAACGUGACAACACUUCUUUUUCACCAAAAAACAUGUGAUUUGUUUUUCUUAAAAAUUAUUUGAUUUUGUUUACCUUGGUGAUUUUUUUACCAAGUUUUGAUAUGCUGUAACACAAUUCCUCCUUGUGUAUUAAUAUUCCAUGUGUGGAAUUAAAUGUUGUUUAAAGGACAAAUAUAUCAUUAAGGGUCGUUAUGGCUUGUGAUUUUUUGUAUAAUAAAACGUCAAUCCAGAACAGUUUUGUCCACUUUACUGUGUCUUGUAAGGUAUUGCCUCCUUGGUUGUCAGUGACAUGCACCUGUACUCACUGUUAAUAAUUAACAAGGAAAAGCCUUUAUGUGCAAGGUAAAGCUGAGAACAUUAGACACUGUUUUAAGAUGAAUAAAAAGAUUUUUCCUCUCUUUAUCACAGAAAACAUACAAUUAUCUUCUGCAUAAAAGUAUAGUGCAACAGCAUGUUUCAUAAAAAUAUUCUUUUUGGGGGUGUCCCAACCAAGUUAGAUAACAGAAAAUUCUGUGGCAUGGGGUGUAUGACAACCACCCCUUGGAACGGAAAUUGUAGGGGUGUGGGUGGUCUAAAGUAAAAGUGCCCUCCAAUGGGGAGGGGGGGGUAUUAUGGAUGUUUUCUGGAACUACACAUUACAGUUUACUCAUAUUAUCACAGUCAACUGUAAGUUGUGAGUCAGGCAACAAAUAACCCAUGUUUUUAAUAUGUUUUUGGAGUAAAAGUAGUAUAUAAUAUGUAGUAUUAAGAAGUCCUCGCAUUUUUAAAACUUUUUUUGCAAUGUUAUUUCAACUCAGUUGCUUUAUUGAGGUUAAAUAUCAGAAAGUAGGUUAAGUUUCUUGAAAUUGAUUUCUUGGAAUCAAACCCGUUACAGUGACUGUCGAACCUCUCUAAUACGGACACUGAAGGGACAGAGUGAAGUGUCCGAAUUAGAGAGGUGUCCAUAUAAAAGAGGUCACUACGAUGACAUCACUUUUGUGACUCUACUUACAGUUUUAAGUGUUCAGUAGCUAAAACCUGGCUUACACUCGUCUUUAAACUGCAUUUAAGUUUAUUAAUUCACAGUACAAAGACACUGUCUUUUAGUAGCAUACAAAAUUGUACAUAUCAGCUACAUACAUACAGUCGUAGAUAAAUCACAGUUUUAACACAAAAUGAGCUACAGCGCAAUGCUGCAUGUAAAAAGUUGUAACGUAAAGCACAAUUCUGAAAGUGCCUUUCGCUGUUUUGCAAAUGCAGUAAACAGUGACCAGAGUACAAAAAUUAAUCUACAUAAUAGAAAAGAUCUUCAUGCUAUCUGUAGCCUUCAAAAAGUCGGUUAUGUCCUCCGCACACCUUUUGCAAUAUGUUUGGUAUACAGUCACUGGGCUUUUGAAGUCACCUUGCAUAGCUUCUCAGCCAGACCAGACGGGAUUUACCCUGUGCAAAUUCACCUGAUCGGGAUUUAGGAUUCAGCUGAUCACUACAGCAUCCAUAAUAAAGAGGUUAAGUUUAUAUGAAUUUACUCUCUGGGGCCGAGAUUUAGUGUCCGUUGUCCGUAUUAGAUAGAGUCCGUAUUAUAGAGGUUUUGUUUAAAGAAAAUAUAUAAGAAUUUUGUCGAGACAUUGGAAACUGUCCGUAAUGUAGGUGUCCGUAUUAGAGAGGUGUCCGUAUUGAGAGGUUCGCCUGUAGUUUAGUAGGAAAAAGAGAAAUCCAUUUGUGGUGUGUUUAUGUCCUCCAUAAAAUGUCUGCUGACAGAGGUAAUUUUAUGCGGCUUUUAUGCAGUGAUGUCAAAAAAGUGUACAAAAAAGUGUGCUGUAUGUGCAGACUUCUUGUUUUGCCUAGGAGUAGUAUAAAUGCAUAAAAUAAUGCUUUUUUGAUGUCUUUGUUGCUGUUGCAGUUGUUCUUGCUACAGCUGUCUAUUUUGAUCUGAAGGGGCACAGUGUCAUGACAAAUGGAAAAAUCCAAAAUGUACAAAGUUGUGUAUAAUAUAUAGUGAAACUACUGGUUAUUACGAAAAAUGUUCCUGAUUUGUUAAGAGGUGCUGUUUACAGACACAAUGUAAGUGCAAUGAAACUUUCAUCAUUGAAUGAAUUAAGACAUGAAAAAUCAUGAAUAUUUUGUUAUUUGAAAACUCAGUGAGGCCUAUUUUAUUAUUUUCAGCUUGAAUCAUUAUUGCAUCUUAAACAUAUUGCUGAAAGUAUUUUGUUCUUUUCUUUUUUUGCCAUUUAAAUUGAGUCAGGAAUCUGCAUUUAGGAGGCUACACAGCGUACAUAAUCCAUCCAUAAAAGUCUAUUCUUGUCAAUUAAAUAAUCAAUUAAUAGAUCAAUUAAUAGAUAAUAAUAGUAACAAAUUUUAAUAGAUCAAUUAAAAAUGGUAUAAAGAUUUACAACAAGUUUAGAAAGUUAUAAUAGAAAGAAUUGUAGAUGAUGUUUCAAAAGCUGAGUAUAACGUAGCAGACACAUGCAUUAAAACAUUCAAGUUUGUUUAAUAGAUGUUUUUAAAUCAUUGGUGUGACUUAACCUUAUGGAUGAUGUUUAUACAAGAUGUUUCAAAAGCUGAGUAGCAGACACAUUUAACAUUCAAGUUUGUUUUAUAGAUGUUUUUAAAUAAUUGUUGUGACUUAACCUUAUGGAUUAUGCAAUGAGUUUAAUUUUCAUCUCACCGUGAUUGAGGCACUUGUCAGCUUCUUCUCAGUAACAAAGGAGCUGUGACAUUAAGCAACAGUAAGGGCGGAUUUAGGGGUGGGCCAAAGGGGGCCUUUCUUCCUUGAAAUUACUUGGUAUUAUUUUUAUCUGAAUACUCAGAACAAUAAAACGUUUCUAUAUAGCUGGCAAAUGAGCAACAAGUGAUGAUGGUGUUUUCAUCCCUUUUUCUAAUAAUUUAUUUCUUGCUCCUCCUCUUCGUUGAAUUACCUAAGUAUGUUGCUUUUCCAGAUCUAAAUCUGCCAAAGGCUGGUCCACAGGAUGUAAGAUUUUUUUUUAUUGUUUUUCUUCCUGUGGUGCUGAUACUGUGUAAACUUUCUUUGGGUUUCUGAGGUUGAAAUUGAAAUAGCAGUUACAAAAACAAACUGCAUGUAUGUACUGCUAGUUCAAAAGUAGUUUAAGAAACUUUCUCUUCUUGGCUUGCUAUUAUCUCUUUCUAAGCCACUGUAUGACUUAUACAGUACCAGUAUGAAAAUUAACUCUUUUAGUUAUUGGGAUCUGAAAUAAUAAUAUUAUUUUAUAUUGAGGUUCCCAAAGUCAGCAGCCUAUGUUAUAUUUUUGCUAUAUCAUUCAUGGGUAUUUAAUUUUGGGCUUGGUUCAUAACAUUCUCACAGUCCCCUUGCCCUGUUUGUUCGGUGAAGUAAAGCUGUGUCAGGCGGGAUUAGUACUGGGUUGGGUGAGACCUUUUGGGAUAUAACAUGUAAUAUAAUAUAUUUUGACUUUAAGUUUAUUUUUCAAAAGAAAGCGGUUUAUUGUUUAAACAUACUUAUAGAGCAUGUUGUUUCAUGUAAAGGUUUUAAUAGAGUCAGAAGAAAUUCCAAAGGACUUUCUUUGAUCAUAUUAGUGCGUUUAUUGUAAGUAGCUAGGAGAAGUGGUGAACUAGAGCUGACAGAUAAUGCUGCUUUUUAUAUCAUCUGGCUUGUUUAUAGCCUGCAGUGCAGACGGCCCACGUAUUGUGUACAGUAUAGAUAUAGUUGGUUUAAAGACGGUUUAAAGUGUCUAUGGCGCAGGAUAGCUGGUUUACAGUACAGCCGUAGUACAGUAUUGUUGUAAAGUGCAAUGAACUCGACCAAAGCACUAAUAACAGUCAGCCAACCACAAGUCAUGUUCACAAGGACAGUUAGCUUCCUGUCAAAAAAAAGAUAUCUCUUUAAGUCUCAAAGUUCCACUGCCCAAGUGUGUUCACUGCACUGAUAUUAAUUUAACACUUAAGAAAAUUUUGUAGGUUUUAAUAAAUUGUAUAUUACACUUGAAAAAAGAAUCAAAAUUUUGUUGAGCCAUUACCCCAUGCGGUAUAUAUAUGCUAACAACCUCAUCCAUGUUGGUUUAAUUGAGCAAAAAGUGUAAUUGAUCGUCCCCUUUUUGGGACACCUCCAUUCAGGGGACACAAAAUUUGGUCCCGGAAGAUGUGCACAUAAUAUUUGUAUCUAUUACCUCAAUUCAAGGGACGAGUGACCUCUAUUCAGAGGAAAGGGACAUUUUUUCUAGGUCCGGAACCCUGGGUUUAUUUUAACCAUGACCAUUAUUUUAGGAGACACCUCAGCACUCAAAAAGUGACUGACCUCAAAGAGAGCUGAUGUCUUUAAGUGCACACUAAUCAAAAAUGGAAGCUUUCCCAAACUGGACUCUCUCACAUAAAUCAAUGAAAUGCACUUGUGUGAAUUCAACAUAUAAUUAUCAUAAUAGCAAUAACAUCUGAUCAAAAAGUUAAACGCUAAAAGAUUUUUAAAAUACAUUUAAAAAACAUUUUAAAAAGUGAACGACGUUUUGGCGCUACGUUACGCCAUUAUCAAGUUAAAAAGUGAAAAAGUACAGCUGAAAGUAUAAGGUGUAAAACGAAUAUAUAAUAUUUGAAACAAUACAUAAAAUAUUUGCGGGUCGAAUGGGUAUAAUUCCCAAGGUAAGAAACACAAUACGAGAAAGAAAAAAAAAAAGUUACGCACCAUGUUUUCAAAGCUGCUCUAUCCGAAAACUUUGGUCGAUUCCACUAUAAAUAAGUUCAGCCAGGAACCAGAUAAACAAAUACACACCAUGCCUUCAGUAGACCCAUCUGUUUACAUAAUAUUGCCCUUUAAAGAUCAGCGAUCAGCUGAUCGCGUACGCAAAGAUAUCUAUUCUCUGGAAGCCAAGAUCGAUGUUAACGUAAAACCCGUCUUUACAAGCAGAAAACUGUCACAAACCCUGAGUGUCAAGGAAAGCAAGCCCCCAAUCGUCAACACUCAAUGCAUUGUAUACUUAUUUCAAUGUGAUUUGUGCGAUGCAAAUUAUGUCGGGUACACUGUCCGACACUUACAUCAACGCAUAAGUGAACACCGUUAUUCAGCCAUCGGGAAACACCUUGAAACACAGCAUGGCAACAACAGAACAAAGACUGACUAUCUUUUCAAAGUUCUGAGGAAAUGUAACAGCAAGUUUGAUUGCUUAGUCUACGAGAUGUUAUACGUAAAAGACAUGAAGCCUUCUCUUAACACGCAAGUCGACUCCAUUCGCGCCGAACUAUUUACGUGACUCUUUCGUACAUUUUUUUUCCUCUUAUUGUGUUUCUUACCCUGGGAAUUAUACCCAUUGGACCCGCAAAUAUUUUAUGUAUUGUUUCAAAUCUUAUCUAUUCGUUUUACACCUUAUACUUUUUCACUUUUCAACUUGAUAAUGGCGUAACGUAUCGCCGAAGCGUCGUUCACUUUUUUAAAUGUUUUUUAAAUGUAUUUUAAAAAUCUUUUAGCGUUUAACUUUUUCGAAAUCUCUCCUGUUAAGCAAUAACAUAAACAGGUUUUAUUCAGUAUUACCAUUUCUGUACAGGUGUUACCGAUUAAAAAGAAUUAAAUUAAAUUAAGUUAAAAAAGAAAAUAAAAAUAAAAUAAUAGCGAGUUUAAGAUACCACGACGGUGAUGGCCACAAAAGCGUCGCUUAAAAAGUGAAUUUCCAUUCUUUCAGUCUCUAUCGUGAUUACUCCAACCAUUUACUUUGUCACAUGUAAGCGAAGUCUUUUUCAGCCAAAUUCCUAAGAAUCAUAGUCAAGUUCAGGAACGGGGGCGUAGCUAGGAUUUUUCAGGGGGUGGGGGGGGCUCACACUAUGUCAAACCCGGGGUGCUUACCAGAUUGGCAUGUUGACAUCCAGGCCGUGUUUUACUAAACAUAACAUUUUUUUUUCCGAUGAGCAGUGAGUGUGGGUGGAGGAACAAGCCUACAAACUAGCUGCAUAGAUUAAUUACGUUCCACGUAGCAUAAAUUGCUCUAUUUCAGUUACAUGUAUGAAAAGGAACAUGGUUGCUAGAUUGUUACUUACUCCGUUUGCAGUGACUGGAAACGAUUUAUCUCACAAAGGGGGGGGGGGGUCACGGGCACCCCAUGACCACCCCCUAGCUACGCCCCUGAUGGGGAGAAAGAAAAUUUCGCCACCGCUUGUUUACUUCCUCCAUAAAAUGUGAAAUUUGGCAUUUUCUUUUCCUGGUCGUGCAGUGAUGCCUAAAACAAUGUACAAACAAGCGUGAUGCAUGUGCAGAGUUGUUGCUUUGCCUAUUCAUUUCAACCUAUUGCCUUUUUGGCGUUCUCUUUGUCGUCGCCGUUGUGGCAUCUUUAAGUUUCUAAUGAUGAUUCCUUUAUGCUGUCUUUGUUUGUUAAUUAUUAACAAAACCCAGCCCAAUCUCUAAUCAGGGGGAACCUCUAUUCAAGGGACACUUGCUUUGGUCCUGAGGGUGUCCCCUGAAUAGAGGUUUUAUUAUGUUAGUUUAUUUAUUGCUUCAAGUUAAUUUUUUUGUUUUCAAAGUUCCCUUAAUAACUUUCUGUGCUUUGCACUGUGAGACUUUUUUAUGCUCCAUUUCUUGUACACUGUACAAGUUAAAAGUCACACCAAAUAGUAUUGCAUGAAACCUGAAAUGAUGCGACAAUGGCCGCUAUUGUCAAGUGAAAUUUACCCUACGUUAUAAAGUUAUUCUUCAGGUAUUAUUAAGUCAGUCCGAUAAUGAGUUUUUUGUGUGUCUUGAAUAUAUAUAUAUAUUUUUUUACCACUUAUUACCCUUCUUUGUUCAAAUUAUAAUUUUUCUGUUAUUCAUCUAAUGUCGGGGAGAGAAGAUGUUGCCUGUCUUGCUCAUGGUAGGGAAUUAAGGGAGAUGUGGUGUUGCCCUCUUCCUAAAGGUCUGGGGACAAGCCAGGGACCACAUGGUCUAGUGUAUACUGGGCAACCUCAUAAGGAUUGGCUGGGAAAACAAUGAACAAACAAAGUAACAAUGGAACCUAGCCCGAAACAAAAGAGUUGCGACAUAGAGGAAUCCAAGAAAAUUAGAGUUUUUAAAGAGCUGCAAGGCUACGGUUUUGACAAAUGAUUUUGAGCUAAACAUAUUGCACAAAUUUUGCUGUAGCUGAUGGUGUCUUGGUUAAAUUAGCCUGUGAAACGCAUAUGUAUGUCCUGUUUUUCGGAGAGGGAGCGAAGCGACGACCGGAAAUGCGUCUGCGUUUGGCAGGCUAUGGUUAAAUGGGGUGUGAAUAUGGUUGUUUUCAGUUGUUAUUAUUUUUAUAGUACCGGAAACGCCCGCUGAUAAGAAGGUCCCAUUUUUUGAAGUAGGUUCUUGUUCGUGGGGUACUUAUUGGCAAUUUAGGCUAGGUAGGUUCUUAAUUAGGUUCUUACAUGUAAUUUUUGUGAAGAACAUAAUAGAUUGUUGAUAAUGAGAAAAUAAAUAAAUUUUCUGUUUAUUCACAAUUAUGAUCACCCUAACAAAACUUAUUACCGAAUAUCAUACAAUUUAGUACAGUAUGUUUUUAUUGUACUUAAUUUACAACUCAAAGUUAUGCUCCUUUGUUAAAUUGUUUAUCAUAAUUUAACCGUAAAAAUUAACCACAUAUAAGAACCUGCUUGAUUUAGCUUGCCUAAACAUGUUCUUGUAUUCUUAGGUAUUAAAGUGCAGAUUUCUGCCAGGAGAUUCUUAACCACAGGUUCUUAUUAGCGGAUGUUUACUGUAACUGCCUCUACAGUCAAACCUGUAUUAAGGGGACCUCUAUAAGCGGUCACCAAUUAAAGUCCUGGAAAUAGCUUCCCUUAAUUAUUGUAAAAACUGACCUGUAUUUAGCAGCUACCUCUAUUAAGCAGCCGUGGUCACCCGUUUUCGAGAUACCAAUGAGUAAUCUGUUAUUGUCUUUACCUCUAUUAAACUGUCCCUUUGACAAGAUGUGCCAUACUAGUUCCAAGCAUACACUGUGUAGGGUGUUUAGUGGUCUCUUACAGACUUGCGAACCCCCAAAAGGCAAAAAAUGUGAGAUUCUGAACCUAGAGCUAGGAAAAGUAGUACAGAGAAAUGGGUGUAAGGCGGCGGGCCAUAAAUUAUGGGGCAAAACAAGGAUCGUGGUUAAUUUUAAUACUGAAAGAUUACAACUGAACUACAUUUUGGUACCUUAUGGGUCAAAAAAGAUGAUGAGGGAAAGGAUAGAUCUUUUUGUUUUAUCUUUGGUCCGUACAUUAAGUUGAGGACUGAAAAUUUACCAAUCUAGAAAAAGAAAGAUAUUAAAGUUGUGGUGAAAAAAAAUAGAACGAAAAUAUAAAUAUGAGCGGUCUUGACAAAUGAUUUUGAGCAGAACAUAUUGAACUCAUUUUGCUGUAACUGAGGGCGUAACUGUUUAUCCUGUAGCAAGUGAGAUCUCAGUGAAAUGGGCUGUGAAUAGUUGUGUUUAGUUGUUAUUUUACAGAAACUACUGCCACUAUAGUCAAUGUAACUUAAAUUAUAUCAUUAUCUUUCCUUACCGUUUCAGUUUCACAUUCUGCCUGAAACUACAAUGAAGGUCACCAAGGAUACAGUUACUAUUAGUGAACUAAUGGGAUUGCGGCCUUUUAAAAAAGGACAAACUGUUCAACUAAAAGAUGCUGAUCCAAAUGAGCUUCAGCUUUUUAUUGACAAGAUUCCUGCCACUAUCAAAGGUAAGAGUGUGAAAUAUGGUUUUUGAUAAAAAGAGGAAUAAGAUUAAACUUACUGUAUAUGCGUAAGUUCAGAAACAGGUAGCUCAAGCUUAUCACGACAGUAAUUAUUUUGGUUUUUUGAAUUGAGAAGCAUAUGGUUAAACCCGUACAUAUGUAUGAAUAGCUGAGCUUAAUUAAUAUUUAACAUUGAUGAGUGAAAUAUCCAGACUAAAUUUUAUAAAUAUUAACGCUUAUGAAUUUGGUCAACCGGCAAUCCUCGCGUCAAAACGCGCUGUUAACCGUGUCAAGAGGGGUAGACUUCAAGAACAACAUUUAUCUACUUAAAAAGAGCAUGAUAUCGUGCUGGCCCCAAUUCUAGUGAUUUGGAGUCGACAAAUCAGAUCAUAUUUAAUACUAUAAAAUGAAAGCUUAGAGUCAAACAUUAGUUAGACUUUCUCAAAGCCCAUUUCCAUUUUUCUGCUUUUUUUUUAGACUUUUUCGCUAUACAUGUUCUGUGGGUAAUUUAUCGACCAGUGCGAGAUGGAUCUGGGAAGAGCGACGUGAUUGUAUUUUUUAUCCCUUAAUUCAUUUCGUUGUUUCUAAUGGCGUAUCUCACGCUUGCCCAGAAUGUUGAAACGCUUAAUAGCGCUUGCCUAGAUCCAUCGCAAAAUUAAACAAGACUUACCUGUAAGUUGAAGUUUGAUUGAGAUUCUACCGAGUUAUAAAAUGCUGGGAGCCGGUAAAAGAAAAAAGGAAACAUCUCUUGCAAAAGAGUACUAGCCCGCACAAGGCUUCAAACUAGAUUAACUAAAAGAAAUAUACACGUAUAAUGCUACAGGGAAAGUACGCGCGUACGGUAUUUACGCCCCCCCCUCUCCGGGGGGGAUUUACGCACGAGUUGUUCACGUUUCAGAGAGAUGCAAAAACGAACUGGUGCUUAAAUACCGUACAAAGCACCUCUGCACUUUCUAGAAGUUAGUAGAAAAACAAGAAACAACAUAGGCAACAAAUCAUGGAGAAUAUUGGAUAUGGCCUGGGUGCAACGCCAUAACCCACUUUAAUCAUUAUACCCAAAAAAUUAAACACUACAGCAAAUGAAAUAAAACGAAAAUCUACAUGUAAGUGUGCCAGGGUGGCCAGAAAAAACCUGUCCCAAAAAACCCCGUAGGGAAAAAAGCACAGGAAAUCUGGGGCGGGCCAGGCGCAACUUACGUCGCCCGCCAGGACUCUAAACAAAUUACUUAGAACUGCAACAAACAAAAGCAGAACUUCUAACCAUUACACGUGUAUACUGGAAAAUAUACUAAAACUUGAAUUCACAUGGACUGAAAAUGUCUUAGAUAAGGCCAAGCGCUAAGAAUUACACGCAAAUUGUGGGAAUUAUACUGAAACAUAUUUAUAUCUUUAUGAAAUACACCUGAACUGAAAGUGACUAGAUACGGAGAGCUAGUUAAGACCAUGCCGAAAAUACCUAUGCUUAGUGGACUCGCACCUCCAACCGGCAUGGAUAUCCAACAAAUCACCAGCUAUUCUCCUACAAGCUGGAUUGGGCGCCGCGUCAGACUCGCGCUCACUUGUGGGUGCCGUACUAAGAAACAUCACUAACUAAUGGCUUAAUAUGCCUCUAAAAUUCGUCUCCUAAAUAACGUGAAUAAAGAAACACUUGCACUAGAAUGAAAGUAUAAUAUAUCGUACUAAGAUUGAGCUUGGACAAUUCUUCGAACUAAUGGAAACACAGAGGAGGACUGAGGAGAGAACUUAAUAAAACACUGGGUCACGGUUACUGGACAAGGCCUCAGAGUUCCAUAAAGAUCUACUUUGCGCCUGCACGGACACAUAAAUCGACAUAAAACUAUUACAUGUACAUAUUCUAGAUGGAAAACAUCGCGAUUUAGAGGCAAAAUCUGCAGCAAUCGCUUGACAAAACUAACAGAAAGCAGCUACUUAGGCUAAACUGGGCGCGCAAGCCUAGCUUCUUUUGGCGUCCUCUAAUUUAAAGGGAAACUUAAGCAAGGCGUGGCUAACAGAACAAACUUAAAUACCAACCACUGCAUGGCCCCAAUUUAUACUGUAAACAGCAGAUUCUAAAUAAGAUGCGCCAUUGUUAUCCUCAGAACGCUAAGCUAACUUAGAUAGAUACAAUGAGACAUGCAAAGGUUUUUCGAAUAGCAGAAACACCAGUCUUCGAUAAAGCCCACUCACGCCACCACAAUAAGCCAGACCCGUAACUUCAAGACUGUGGAUGGAGCGUUAGCAUCCAACUGCAAACCAGACAGGCCAGGAACUGUAUCCCUCAGCGAAGAAUCAGUCAAGGGGGCUGUUUCAAGCCAUAACCUGGAAUUUAGGGCAACUGAAAUAAAAGGAAAUAGCGUAAAAAUAAAACAACUACAGCGCUAUUUACUUAACUGAACAAAAAAAACAUUGAACAAGGGAGACGCUGAGCAAAAUUCGGGCAAAGAAGAAUUGAAAAAAUUAUAUUUCAGGCCCAAAACGAGCCGACACAAAAAUGACUUGAAACAUGCCGAACCAAGCUCAAAAAUAAGCUAAAGCAGAUAUGCCAAACCAGGCUCAAGAUUAUGCCAAAUCAGGCUAAAAACUAAGCCAAAUCAGGCUCACAUGCCGUACAAAUAUGCCAAACCGGGCACCCAAAUAUACCAAAUCAGGCUCAAAUCAGGCGACCACUACGAGACCCACUGGAAAUACAAAGGCAUCGGACACACCUACAACCAGGAGAAGCAAACUAGGAGUCAAAACGCGGAAGCUGAGCGCUCUAUAAUAGGAUGUGAAACGGUCAAGAUUCGUGCGAGGACCCCAUUUUGCUUCAGUGACUCGAAACACAGAGGGAUUAGUUGGCGAAUCAUCCUCUUUAAUGAAACGGCGCAAACAAAUCAGCCUUCUUUGACCCAAAUAAUCGAUCGUGAACAUAACGCUAGCCACAGGGCGGAAAAGCCGCGAAAUGAAGCGACGCUUGCGUCCGGAAAUACAACUGCGGAAGAAUCAGGCAGGGGUGCCGAAUGGAGUUACUGUUUAAAGAGUCAAUGUCACAAAAACGAAAACUUCAAUUCCUCCAGCCGAGGGGGAGUGAAGCGAAAAGGGAGACCCUAAGCCGAUUAAGACUCCUUAGCCACCUACGUCUGGCUUGUAUGAAGAGGGAAAUGGGCCCCACCGCUAAGGCAACUGAAAUAAUGGAACCAGCCAUCCAGCUGAUUUGCGAUAGAGAGAUGACUCAUUUUGAAUUGCAGAAUUCGGCCAAAGCCGCUUCACUAGCUGAAAACUUGCUUCUCAGGAAUCUGAAAAGUAAAUCACAUAGUGCAGACCGCAAACCCGAGCCACUCGCCCACUUGUAUUGGGACCUGUUGGGAUUUCUCCUUACCAAUAAGGAAACCAGAAGAAUAAGCCCCUUGCGCUCAAUAAAAGCUACCGGGCGGUGGAAGUCCUCUUUAGAUGACUACCAAAUGCGUCAUCGAGAUAAACAAAAGACUUCAGACCCAUAGAAAGCUAGAAAAACAAAAACAAGCGCUUAACUAGACCAAAGACUAAAAUCGAGAAAGCGAAAUACCAGAGCACACCUUUGAAGGGCCAAGAAAAACCUCGUUACUUCUGGUGAUCUAAGGAAAUGUCAAUCCAGAUUAUAGGUCUCAUUCAUAGCCCUGGUGCCCCUCUUACGAACCUGUGAUAAGGUGCGAAAAUUCUCGUACUUAAACUUAAUCGAACGAGGUAGCAGUUAACGUGACUGCAUAUGAUCGAUGACGACUUCAACCGUCAAAAUGGAGGCUCACCAUGCUCGAUGAUACAGCCAUUAGCUAAAAAUUCGGAAAUGGGCAAUGGUAGCAACAGUGAACUGCGGUGCCUUUAGGCGGGACUCACAAAGCCUAUGGGAGGACUUAAAGCGACCCUAAAUAACUCCCGAACAAAUAUCCCCAGGAAAAAUUCUUCGGAAAGACUAAAUUAAUUCAAAUCACACUCAUCUGAAGAUUGACAAAUGAAUGCUAUUCUUCAUCUAUUGUAGCCAGCCACGGCGAGGAUUUAUCCUUGAAAUGAAGAAACAGACGUGAGAAAAAGCCGAAUUCUAAUCGCUAAAAAGCAAAACAAACAAUUUUUACGUUAAGCUGAGAAAUUGAAAACAAUAAAAUGAAAUCAAACUGUGGGUUGUUAGGCGUUCACAGACCCGAAGGACGAAUACGAAUGAACAAGACACUUAUAUAACUGUAUGCAAAAUACUUAACACCAAAAAUACCGAAACACAAACAGACAAGAUAAUACACGUAAUUAACCAUAUAAGAACGUGCAGAAAACAAAUAUCUACUAAACUGCGUACCGGGGAUAUUUUUGCAUUCCCACGUGGUUUUGUGUUUAGUAUACAUGUACAGUAUACAUACCGAGAGAUCAUUCUGUCAGCCUUUUAUUUUAGCUUUUUUUGAAGAUUUCCAGAGUGCUUAAAUGAUAAACUUGCUGCUACACAUUGUGAAAUGACUUGAAAGAAAACGGCGUCCCUGUGCGUGACGUCGUCUUUCAAAACCUUUAAGUAUUAAAAUUAUAACGAGGGUAAAGAUGUAAGGUACAGGCGCUGAUCUAGGAUAAAUGCUGACCGAUUUUCUAACGGCGAACGCCGAUAGCGCAAGUUUCUAGGGAAGUCCGGGGACAUGCUUCCCUACUACACUAUGUCCUUCUUCACCUUGGUGUAAAAUUGGAAGCAGCAAAUUGAUGCUGGUCUGUUUAGCUUUGUGUGAGCCAGACUAACGUUCUGUGCUCAUUCCUUGCUGCUUAAUUCCCGGCCAAACAGUGGUAACGGUGAUAGUUUUUACCUUCAUCGUUUGACCUCAAACAUUCAUGGGUAAUCUCGACAAUUGAUCGUUUUUCAGGGGUUUACACUGUACGCAACGAAAACAAGCUGUAGACGUGUGGUUUUCUCAUUAAUUGUUCAGUUUUAAAAUCGUACUGGAGACUUCUCAUAUAAAUCUAAUAGAGUCAAACCUUUCCAAAACGACCGCCUUUAGGAGAGAGUAACGUCACUGCGUGGGAAAGUGGCCUUUAAGGGGUGGUAGGGUGUAAAGUGACACCAUGGAGGGGGGGGGGUGGGUAAGGAAGUUUACAAUAUCUGUGUAAAGCAUAUCCUACAGCCUACAGCUUAAUAAGAUCACAAUCAGACUAUAAUACUUACAGUCAAGCCAGUUCAAGCGUGGCGCGUUAAAAUGGCAGUUUGCCUAACAAAUCAGUUGCCAUUACAUCUCACAGCGCACUUGUUAUACAUCAAUCAAAAAUCCAAACGAUCAGGUCCAAUUGUAGCAGCUUACAUAUUCAUGCCGAAAUUUUAUUUAGAGUCUGAUCUGAGGAGUAAUACAGUCGACAGGUAAACUCAAGAUUUUUGCGCCAUCAGCUCUACUCCAAUCAAAACUGCGUUGCCGGGCGAACAUUUUUCUUCGUGUCAUCAUCUCCGCACCGCGUGACAAGAAGACUUACGUGACACACUAAUCCUGCUCUUUGUCAACGUAAAGUUUAUAUUGAGUUGUUUAUUAGGAAACCUUCAACGGUACAACUAAGAAGUAAGUGAGACCGAGAACUGUCCACAACUGAUGAGCCUGAGCUUUCAGGAAGUUUCAAUUGUUUCGAAACCACUUGCGAGGUCAGUAAAAAAAAAAUUAAAAAUUAAAAAUUAAAAAUAUGUGUAUCGUUCAUAGGUUGAUGUUUAUAGCUUUGGUGUUCUUCUUUGUGAAAUGUGCGUCCGGGAACUUCCAGAUCCUAGAAGGCGUGAACAGCAAGUUCUGCUCAUGACGAACCAUGUGUUGAGAGGCCUGGUGCGGCGAUGUCUGCAGACAGAUCCUGAAGCGAGACCAACCAUGUAG